UACCUGCCACAGGAUCAGGUCUCUACCCUAGCCAGCUUGAUUUCGGAUGAACACUCCGAGUUCUACACUGCCCAAUCAGGCAUCGCGUUUGAGCUCGCUGCAUGUGUCGAUCCCGCUUUGGCUAUCACCUCCAUAUCCGGCCCCAAAGGAAGCAACUCUUCGAGUGACUCGAACUCGUCUCGUGUCAGACGCGAUGCCAUCAUCGGCGUCUGCAGCUCGCUUGGUGGAAUCGCACUCAUCGUCCUUGCCUACAUCGCCUACCGCGCUGUCAAGCGUCGCCGCGAGCUCGCACACAGACGGCUUUCAGACCCAGGCGACCUCGCUGGAGCUCGUCCCGAUGGACAGGCGUUCGAUCAAGACAGUAUCGGUGGCCAACGCAGGCGUAGCUUCUAUUAUGCUGAAGACAACAUCCGAGGUCAACAGGGUGUUCGUGCCGACGAAGAACAAUACGAUCAGUACAGCCAGGCUAUGCGCGAGCGACGGAACAUUACACCGGGUGCAAUCUCUGCGCCUAUUCUGCAGCAGAGCAGUAUGAAUUGGUAG